AAGAGAGAGCCCACAGCGGUGACCACUAGCUGCGGGACCCGAGGCCCGCGCCGAGGCACGCGCGCUCUUCUACGUAGCGUCACCAUUCGUCGAGCAGGACCUGUCGUUAUCUAUAGUGCGCAGGCGUGUGUCGUGUUAUUUCCCGAGUGGCCGCAUUGUGCCGUGUAUUCCAAGUUUCUUUUUUUUUCCUUUUUUUGUACGCGCGUCACGGACGUUAAAUUGUUUACUCCAGCUGGAAACAUGAAUUGUGAGUGCAUCGCUUUGAAGGCGUAUUAUAGAGGUGGUUUCUAAGAGGCGCCUCAUACAGGAACGUUUCAUUCUUCUGAAUGCGCCUUAACCAACACGUGGUGGAAUAGAAAGCGACGUAAUUAAUUUCGCACAUUGCUGUUUUUACUGCUCUGACAGCUGUAGGAAGGCGGGUAAAAACUAUUGUUGAACUGUGGCUUGAAGAUAAUACCGACAAUGCGAACUUGCGCUUACGACGUGGUGUUUGCGAAGUGUCUCUUGAAUAUGGGCUGCAUUUAGAUCAACAGUUGCUUCCGGAAUUGGACAACAUUUAUGGCUGCAUCAUGCCACUCGGCAAUGACGGUGUCAAUUAGGGGAGAAAUUAAUUAAUGCUGGAACAAAUAGACGUAUUGUUUACCUGUGAAGUGACUUGAAUAUGGAGCCUGGAAUCGAGCUCACUCUUUCGAGUGAACAAGAGGUGAUGUCAUCCAACACCAGUUUCCAAAACAGCGAUUCUAUCUUGGGUGAGAAUGCUUCUGCAGCGUCGCUAGCCGUUGGUGAAGAAUUGACGUUCACCACGCAGUCACUAGUGCAGGUGAUCAUCUACUGCAUCCUGUUCGUCAUAGCCGGGGCCGGCAACGUGCCGGUGUUCGUCAGCUUGCUUAACAAACGGCACCGCAAGUCGCGCAUCAAACUUAUGAUUCUGCACUUGGCCAUAGCCGAUCUGAUCGUGACGUUUGUGAUGAUUCCGUUGGAGGUUGCCUGGAGGCUCACGGUCCAGUGGGCGGCGGGCAAUGCCAUGUGCAAACUGAUGCAGAUGCUCCGUGCUUUCGGCCCGUACCUCUCGUCAAUGGUUCUCGUGUGCAUCAGCGUGGACCGCUAUUACGCUGUCCUGCACCCGCUCAAAGUGCACAGCGGCCAUCGGCGCGGCAGGAUAAUGCUCACUGUCGCCUGGUACGCGAGCCUGAUCUGUAGCAUACCGCAGGCAUUCAUCUUCCACGUGAUGGAGCAUCCGGCGAGACCAGGCUUCUACCAGUGCGUGACGUUCGCCUCGUUUCCGUCUCCCGCGCAUGAGAAGGCGUACAACCUGCUCUGCCUGCUGGUGCUUUACAUCGUGCCACUAGCCGUCAUUGUGCUUUGCUACACCCGUAUCUUCUGGGAAAUCCAGCGCCAAUCCAAGGAGGGACAAGGCAAGUUGCUUCUUUGUGACGACGGCGCAACCACCGACAAUGGGGAAGACAGCAAGCGCGGACGCCUGAGGCUGCGGCGGUCGGACAUGCGCCAAAUGCACCGCGCUCGCAACCGCACGCUGAGGCUGACCAUCAUCAUCGUGCUCGCCUUCUUCCUGUGCUGGACACCAUACGUGACCAUGGUGCUGUGGUACCAGAUAGAUCCGAGCGGCGCUGAGCACGUCAACGGAUAUCUGCAGUCGUCGCUCUUCAUGUUCGCCGUGUCCAACUCGUGUGUGAAUCCACUCGUCUACGGUAGCUACACCAAAAGCUUCAAGCGCAUCCUGGCACAGGUCUGCUGCUGGCUGCGCAAGGUACGGGGAGGGAACUAUACUGCGUACGGCCAUACGUCAACGCGGAUGCCUCUGUCCCAAGUUACUUGCCGCAAGACGAUUCCUGAAGUGGUGCUGGCGGAGGCGCCGGAUGGUCUCAAGCCACGCUGCUUGCUGUGUGCCCCUCCUGUCAGCAACAAUGUUCGCGAAAUCCAGCUGGAGUUGUGCCAGCCAUCUCCGAGUGCCACUUACGCCUCAGUCACGAGCGACACUGGCGACAGUUCUGUUUUGUGGAAAGUGAGGAGCUACUCCGCCAGGUGUCACAGGAACAGUGCUGUUACCGUGCUGCAAAACGGUGGUAUCGGCCGUGAUCAUGGUGGCCGUGUUGGAAAGAAUAGAGUCCGAAGGGAUCCAUGCAGCUUGUGA